AUGUGUAGGCGUCACCCGAGAUGAGACUUGUGGCGUCAUCAUUAGCCGCCCGGAAGGAGUCAAGGGGAUAGAAGUGACAGCGCUGCGGGACUUUUAACCAGCUACCCGGGACUGCGGGCUGUGUUAGGAAAAGUUGGGCGGUAUGGUUUUCCUGCUUUCAUACGUCUAGCGAAAAGCGAACUGGUUACUUACAGGCUCCGGUUCCUGUUCUAAAUCUUCUUCCCUAGCCUUUUUAUUUUCGUUGCUUAACUGACUAGUACCAGUAUAUUUAUUCACGUACUGACGUGAAGAUAUUAUUAUGUUUAAUUAUAAAACUAUAUCCAAUAUGACUUCGGGUACGUGUAUAACCAAGAACACUUUAUAAAUGGCAAACAAGGAAUAACUUGCCAUGGUGAUGUUGUUGAGGUCAUGCUGCAGAGUAUUGCUGCCACACAUAGUGACGUGCAGAAAUCAUCAUGUUUCAGCUAAAGGAAAACGUUGCUUGUUGUCUCGACUAUACCAGCCUAGGAGUCUUUGGGAGGUAAAAGCCUCUGAAACAGAAGCCAAACCCAAUGAACCCACUAGUAAGAGCCAAAAGCUCAUGAUCAAGGCAGGUUUAAUCCGUCCCUCCAGCCCUGGCUGCUUUCACUACUUACCAUUCACUGUACGUGCCAUGGAGAAGCUGAUCCGCUUGAUUGACAAAGAAAUGCAGGAUAUUGGUGGACAGAAGAUUGACAUGCCAACCCUGAGCUCGGCUGCCCUGUGGAGGCAGAGUGGCCGGUGGGAUUUAAUGGGAAAAGAACUUUUCCGUUUGAUGGAUAGGCAUAACCAGGAAUACUGCUUGGGUCCUACUCAUGAAGAGGCUGUCACACACCUUGUUGCUUCGGAGGGUGGCAUUAACAACAAAGAACUUCCUUUGCUUCUUUAUCAGAUAACAAGAAAGUUUCGAGACGAACAAAGACCUUGCUUUGGUUUGUUACGUGGCCGAGAGUUUUACAUGAAAGAUAUGUAUACUUUUGACAUUUCAGACGAAUCAGCGUAUGAGACAUAUAGAAAUGUGUGUGAUGCCUACACAAACAUUUUUAGGGCACUGGGAGUUCGUUUUGUAAAAGUUCAAGCAGACACUGGCAAUAUUGGGGGAAAAAUGUCUCAUGAAUUCCACCUGCCUGCAAAUAUUGGGGAGGACAGGUUACUGGUAUGUGGGAGCUGUGACUUCUCUGCCAAUGUGGAGCUAUUACAGCAUAAUGAAAAGAACUGUCCAGUGUGCACAGGGCAGUUAAAAGAGACUAAAGGCAUUGAGAUAGGACAUACUUUUUAUCUUGGCACUAAAUAUUCCCAUGUUUUUAAGGCUACUUGCUAUGAUUCUCAGAAAACACCUUUUAUAGCAGAAAUGGGUUGUUACGGAAUUGGUGUUUCAAGACUACUAGCAGCUUCCUUAGAAGUUCUAAGCAAAGAAGAUGAUAUUCACUGGCCUGGACUUAUUGCUCCUUAUCAGGUCUGUCUGAUUUCCCCAAAGAAAGGGAGCAAAGAAUCAGAAGCCAUUACUAUUUCAGAGACACUUUACGAUGAGAUAAUACAGUCAGUUCCUUGGCUUAGAGAUGAGACUGUUUUGGACGAUAGGAGUUAUCUGACAAUUGGUAAACGGGUUAAAGAAGCCCAUAUGACAGGUUACCCAUACAUCAUUGUUGUUGGAAAGAAGGCUUUAGAGACCCCAUCUUUGUUUGAAGUAAGGAGUCAUAACACAGAUGAAGUGCAUUUUUUCUCUAGAGAAGGUGUAAUUGACUUUUUACAGAGGGUGAAAGUAAUCUAAAUAUUUGUUGAAUACAAAUGACAAUUUUCAGGUCUCCCAUUGAGAAAUGCAACAAAUGUCACAUAUUUAUGGUUUUAUAUUUAGGUACAAAUAAAAGACAAUUCAUUUGACAUGG